CCCUUGUUAAAAUGUCAUAGCCAUCGCCGAGUUUGCUGCUGUCGUAUCCGUGAAGUGAAAAUAUUAUGGAUCGAGAUAAAUUUGGUCAAAUUCAGUGAAUUUUCGCGUAAAAGUGGAUUAAAAGGUUACAUAUAUUGAUCAUAACGUGUAAUUAGUUCAAAGACAGCGACAGGAAUUGAUAAAUUACGUUGAAUUUUAUCUGGCAGAUGAUUGUUAAUAAACUGAAAUUCAUGUUAAAUCUCGGCUUUUAUCCUAUAAAGUUGAAAUUUUAACUUGUGUAGAGUGUUUGGUGAUCUAUACAAAGAUGCCAUCAGUGAAAAGUGUGUGCUGAUAUAAAAUAGCAGUAAAUGCAGUAUAUUCAUAAAAAGUGCAAGAAUACAUCAAAAGACAUUCCAAAUAAUCCCAGUCAUAAAAUCAUACAAAAAAUAAGUGAGCAAGGAUGGCCUAUCAUAAGCCAACGGAUAUCGAUGGAUUCAUCACACAGAUGGCCAAAGCGGACAUGCGAGUAAAAGCACAACUUGCGGAAGAUCUUGUGCUAUAUCUCAACGAUUCGGAGAACUCGAUAGAAUGCGUUGAUCUAGGACUUCUCAUAGAUGGAUUAAUCCCCUGGAUGAUAGGAAGUCAUUUCAAGAUUGCUCAACGUGCAUUGGAGGCAUUCACAGAACUGAUCGUGCGCCUUGGUCAAGACUUUAACGCGUAUACCUCAACAAUCCUGCCACAUGUUGUGGAUCGAUUAGGAGACAGUCGUGAUACUGUUCGAGAGAAAGCACAGUUGCUGUUGCAUAAGCUGAUGGAAUGUCGAGUGGUUUCACCACAGUCAUUACUUGAUAAGUUGACUGUUUGCUUCAAACAUAAGAAUGCUAAAGUUAGGGAGGAGUUUUUGCAAACCAUUGUCAACGCUCUUAAUGAAUAUGGCACUCAAUCAUUGUCUGUAAAAACGUACAUACAGCCCAUUGUCUUACUUCUUGGAGAUCCGGCUCCUACUGUAAGAGAUGCAGCAGUGCAAACAUUGGUUGAAAUCUACAAGCAUGUCGGCGAUAAACUACGGAUCGAUCUACGGAAAAGAGACGUGCCGGCUGCAAAGUUUAUCAUUCUUGAACAAAAAUUUGACGAAACGAAAAACGAUGGAUUACUUCUCCCUUCAGCAAUCAGUUCAGCCAAUACGAAUGAUGAUGUGGACAACGCCAUUGUUGCAAGACCAACCAGACUGGUAAAGAGAACUCCAUCAGCAACUCCACGCAAACCGCUAUUCGAAACGCAAGGAUCGGGGGAUUUGUUAGCAGCUGGUGCUGUAUCAGUGGAAAUAUUUGAAAAUUCGUUCGAAAAUGUCCCUCAAUUGACAAUAUUUUCACAACGAGAUAUGGAUGAACAUAUGAAAUCCAUUAAUACAAUUGUAGGUGACAAAAAUAUGGACUGGGAAAAGCGAGUCGAUGCGCUGAAAAAAAUACGAUCUCUUCUAAUGAUCAACGUGCAAAAUUCGCCAACAUUCACUCAACAGCUUAAAGACUUGUCAAUUGCAUUCCUUGACAUACUGAAAGAACUGAGAUCACAAGUUAUUCGGGAAGCCUGCAUAACUUUGGCUUAUAUGAGCAAGCUACUGAAAAAUCGAUUAGAUCAGUUUGUGAUAUACAUUUUGCAAGAGUUAAUAAAUUUAAUACAAAACUCUGCGAAAGUCAUAUCAUCGGCAGGAAUAAUCGCCCUCAAAUAUGUGAUCAAGCAUACACAUGCUCCAAAAAUAGUGCCAAUAAUCACUCAGAAUCUCAUGCAAUCCAAGUCGAAGGAUAUCCGCAGUACAUUGUGCGAAAUAAUGAUCCUGCUGUUCGACGAAUGGCCAACAAAAACAUUGGAAAAAAAUAGUUCACUACUUAGAGAUGCUCUACGCAAAGGAAUAUCGGAUGCAGAUAGUGAAGCAAGGAGGCAUAGUCGAUGCGCCUUCUGGAGUUUUCGACGGCAUUUUCCGGACCUUGCUGAUAAUUUGUAUUCAUCGUUAGACCCCGCAACGCAACGUAUGAUGGAGAGAGACCGAGAUAAUUUGGGAACAAAUGGUACCAAUUCUAUGAGUGUUAGUUUACGAGGCAGCAAUAGUAGCUUGAAUUCUGUCCCUGGUGGCGUGAUAAAACGUAGACAAUCUUCAGGACUGAGAAGUCCCGCUUCUACACAACCCCCAGGCAAUGCAACAAGUGUUAGUACCGAAAACCUUUCAUGUGGGCAAUCCAGUUCUUCAAAGUUGCUAAGAACUCCGUCGCUACCUAGGACAUAUUCACGUAAUCGUAGUGGAAUUCCAGUUGCGCAUCGAGAUAAUACAGUGCCAGCGAGAGCUGGCUUACGUAGCGUUUCUGCGGUUGAUACUGCUGCAGCCCAACGAGCUCGUGCAAGAGCCCAGUACUCCAAUAUGGCACGUAUGAAAAUAUCAUCAGGAUCAGCAUCAUUGCAAGGCCAAUACGCUCAGCAAGCGCGGGCUAAAAAGAUACCACUUUCGAACACUCCACAGCAGCCUCCAACUCCUGAUCGAAAAAUUCGCUCUAGAUCUGGCGUUUCCCAGUCUCAACCAACUUCGAGAAGUACAUCCCCCUCAAGUAAACUGCGUGACAACUUUGGCAUUGCUUCAAUUUAUAAACAGACCGGUACUAUUCCAAAGAAACAUUCUGGCAUUCCUCGCUCUUUGGUUAAUUCACGUGAAACAAGUCCUACAAGAGGAACACAAUUUGGAUCGCUGCGCCGUAACGCAUACGGAACAAAUAGUCCCAGAAGAUUAGAUAGACCUCCGGUGAAUCCAGCUCGUCCUGUUUUAGCACAGAAGAUAUUACAACAAAGCAGAGAAGCCGAGAGUGCUUUAGCAGACGCACUUUCGCCGGAUGAUCAUGAUAUAUCUACGGACUUUUCUCGUUUAGGACUGCAUAGGAAAAUAUCACGUGACGAAUCGGAUGAAAGUGAAGCCUCAUCUGUUUGUUCUGAGAGAAGUUUUGACUCCUACAGAAGAGGAAAUGAUUCGUUUUCGUGGAAUGGCUCACGAACUCGUUUGGACAGCUCACGAACUAUGAUUGAGGAUAUCGACACAAUUAUCCAGUUAUGUGCAUCCACACAUUGGUCCGAGCGCAAAGACGGUCUUAUAAACCUCACACAAUAUCUGAGUGAAGGAAAAAUGCUAACUUCACAGCAACUACAAUGUGUGUUGGAUUUGUUUAGAAAAAUGUUUAUGGAUCCGCACAUCAAAGUGUAUGCACUAUUCUUGGAUACAGUAAAUGAAUUGAUUCUAUCCCAUUCAAAUGAUUUGCACGACUGGCUGUUCAUACUACUUACGCGACUAUUCCAAAAGCUUGGUGGAGACUUAUUAGGAUCAAUGCACGGGAAAAUCUGGAAAACUCUACAGUUGAUCUACGAAUAUUUUCCAGCAGAACUUCAAAUGCAAUGUGUCUUUAGAAUUCUUAUUGAUGCUGCCCAGACUCCAAAUACCAAAACACGACAAGCGACGUUAAAAUUUUUGACUACGUUAGCAACUACAUAUUGCACUGCGGCACAGUUUGUAACACAUAGUCAGACACAACAGUUAGUCGAUAGAGCAAUCUUAAAGAUUGUCCAAACUUCUCUUGAUCAAAAAAGUCUCGAAUUAAAGUCACAGGCUCGAUCCUGCAUCGUAGCUUUGUAUAAUUGCAAUCCAUCACAGAUGACAAUGACAUUAGCGAAUCUUCCUAAACAAUAUCAGGACACGGCAAAGGCAAUCAUACAGCACCAUAUGAGACGAAGUACCUCAGGAACUGACAGUCCGUCGUCGCCGCUUUCAUCAUCAAGUCCAAAACCUCUACUGAGUCCGCAACAGGGGUUGUAUAGUUUACAAGGCGGUUGUAAUUCUAGAUCCAGACAAAUUUCAAUUGAUGUGGCAGAUUCCAUGAAUUCAGAGGAGGUUUAUAAAAACCUACGUAAAACUACUGCCGAGAUACAAAAUUACAGUUUUGAGGCAAAACUUGACAGAGAUGCUAACAGUAAAGAUUCAGGAAUAAGUCAAAUGGGAGAAGUACAAAUACAAAACAAUGAGAAUUAUAUAUUGGGAUCGAAUGGUCUAAACGGACAUGUUGGUAUUGACAAGGAUGACUCGUGUAAUGGAUCUAAAACGCAAUCAGCUACUACCACUGAGUCCAAUACUCCAGAAAACACAGUGCGUCUAGAUAGUAUCGACCUGAAUCAAAAACCAACAAUUCAUUCGCAGCGACAACAUCAAUAUACCUUAACAGACACGGGAGAACUUAUUGUAGAAGGUGGCAUUAAAGAGAAUGACGUCAUUAAGGCAGCGAUAGUUCUGUCGCACGAAACCAGUCCUGAAACAUGUGUACAAGUUUUAGAGAAUUUGCAAACUUGCAUUAAACAUGGAAACUGUGAAUUGCCAAUCAAAAAUUUUAAAGCUAUUAUGAAAAUGUUACUCAAUCUCAUGGAAUCGCAAAAUUUCGCAGUAUUGAUCGUAGCUUUGCAUACGCUCGGUCGGAUCGUUCGUAGUGCUGAAAUGAAGUCGUGUUGGAGUAAUUUUUUGGAGUUAAUUUUAUUAAAAAUAAUCGACUGUUAUAAAAUCAGCAAAGAGGUAUCACGAGAAAUCGACAUAAUUGUAGUCAAAAUUGCAAGUGUUUUACCGUUAGAUAUUUCUGUAAAUAUCCUCAAUCCGGUUAUCGCAACUGGGGACUUUCCUGCAAACCUAUGCGCAUUGAAAAUUUUAAAAGAAUUAGCGCACAAACAGGGCAAAGAUUUAACAGAUAAUCAUCUGGACAGCAUAAUGCCAAACAUAGCUAGGUUAGCUGACGACAGUCAAUCCAUGGUACGAAAAGCAGCAGUAUUUUGCAUGGUUGAGUUAUAUAUUGUGAUGGGCGAGGAAAAGGUUAAACCGAAAUUUGCACUUCUUAAUGCUAGUAAAAUAAGGUUGCUUAACGUUUAUAUUGCGAAAUCGAUGAGCAGUAAUAAGGGAUCGAGCUCAUGAUCAAAACAGGCCAUGUGAUUUCUGUUCAAAGGACGCAAAAUCGCAAAAAUUCUAUGUAAAUUUGGUAGAAAUAUUUCGAUUAUUCAUGAAUAAUAUUUAUUUGACAUUUACCACUUGAA